UUCAAUUUUCUUCCAUUUACAACUAACAGGUCUAAAUGCGGACAUACUGGGGCUGCGGGUCUCACUAAUUAAUUUAAUUUCAUCUGACUUUGGGUAGCUUAUAAUUAUUCAGUUGGCUAUUGAUCUGUAAUUAAUUGAAAGGUUUUGUUUUACACGUGCUAGCUAGGAUACGUACGAUUUCAUGCAAAUCGUUAUAUCUCUAUUUCUCGCUAAAUAAUUCCCAUUCUACCUCGUAAAUUCUGUAAAAUGAGAUCAUCUACUGGAGACACUAGUUAGUUGUCCGUGUUCUCACAUGAGUUAUAAUUAUGGUUAUUCGCUGUCAGUUUGUGUGGAAGUAUAAUGUAUUCAUUGUACAUAAUGUAUAUACGUUUGUGCUUUCUUAUGUUUAUAAUUAAUGGAAGUAAUAGAUGAAAUUAAUUUAUUGGAUUGGACAUCGAUAAAAGGAUUUAAUGUGUUAUUAUGGAGUUAAAACAGGAAUGAAGGACGAACUAAUGGCGGGAAUGAAGGACAUGCAUCCUUCCAAGGACUCUUCCAAUGGGAGCGUAGGAACACCGGACAGCAUCAGCGACUCGGAUAAACCUUCCAAACAAAAACGACAUCGGACACGCUUUACUCCGGCUCAACUCAACGAACUGGAACGGAGCUUCGCCAAGACUCAUUAUCCGGAUAUUUUCAUGAGGGAAGAACUAGCAUUGAGAAUCGGAUUGACGGAAUCCCGGGUACAGGUUUGGUUUCAAAACCGCCGUGCCAAAUGGAAGAAAAGGAAGAAGACCACCAAUGUAUUCAGAACACCAGGAGCUCUGCUGCCUUCCCCUGGAUUAUCUCCCUUUGGACCAAUGAAUGACACAUUUUGUACAUUCCAUCCAUCAGACACGAGGUGGUCCGGAAUGUCAGGAAUAUCCAACAUGGGUUCCCCGAUGAACGGAAACCCUCUGACACUAUCAUCCUCGUUACCUCGACAAGGAAUAGCUCAGUCUGUCGGUCCACAGAUGUCAAUUUCCGGACUUGGUGACGUCACUCUGGGAAACAGUAUGGGCAUGAAUGGGGGUGCGGGUAUAUACAGCACAGGCUACGGUAUGACCCCCGCGAGUUGUUCGUCACAACUCACCGGUUCGUCCUCACCGACGCUCCCCAACACUCAGAUGUCGUGUGGAAUGCAGGAAAUGGGAGAAACCUGGCGGGGUUCGAGUAUAGCCACACUGAGACGGAAGGCGUUAGAACAUACGGUCACUCUCACGGGAUUUAGAUGAAAACAAUGCAGAACGGACAUUGCUAUUUUGUGACGUCAUGAUUGGAUUUAUAUACAUAUAUCUGUGACAUCGACAUUUUUAUGAUUAUCUCAAACAACUUAGUUGUGACAUAUACAUUGUACUGCUACUUAAAAGCAUAAAGGUCGCCGUACCAACGUAGAUGUGACGUCAGUUCAUACAACACGUCACUUCUUAUGACAUCAUGACGUCACUGACACACAAAACAAUCUUGCCAAUAUUGAUGACGACGGUGCAAUGGAGACUAGAGUGCUACGUGUGGUCCUGUGUAUACAUUGGUUAUGUACUGUAUUUAUUAUUGGUCGGAGAGGAAAUUGGCUUCGCACGUGGAUCUGGGGGGAUUUAUAUCUCAGACUCAUGGUAUCACCAUGAUCUGACUCAUAGUGUUGGAUGCUGUACUCGUUGCUAGGUAAUCAAACAUCCGUUGUUGCUAAGUGACUGAAAUCAUUCCUUAUUACGAGGUAACAUAUAAUUUCUCGUUGCUAGGAUACAGAUGUCAAUCCUCGUUGCUAGGUAACUAUUUGAAAUUAUUUCUUGUUGCGGGGUAACAUAUAAAAUUAUUCGUUGCUAAGAUACAAAUGUCAAUCCUCCUUGCUAGGUAACCACUGUGAACUAACGUUGCCAGCUAAUUGUUUCCCUGGGGUUGUGCAAUGGACGAUAUCGUAAACUUAUAAACUUAUGUAUAGUCAAACAUUCUUGGUGUAUCAUUUCGACCUCAGAUACACAUUACCAUAGAGGGGACCAUAGUUGAUGGUAUGUUUUGAACACUUUUUGGAAAUAUUGCUGAUUUCAUAAAGUGAUUAAAAGACCUUUCAUCCAACGUUUAUUUUAACAUAAGGUCCAACCACGUCAUUACUUGGUCCCAAACAUAUUUAUUCGGUCCCAGUCCAUGUUAACUAGGUCCAAGUCCAUGUUUACUAGGUCCAAGUUCAUGUUUACUAGGUCCCAGUCCAUGUUUACAAGGUCCCAGUCCAUGUUUACUAGGUCCAAGUCCAUGUUAACUAGGUCCCAGUCCAUGUUUACUAGGUCCCAGUCCAUGUUUACAAGGUCCCAGUCCAUGUUUACUAGGUCCAAGUAUAUGUUUACUAGGUCCCAGUCCAUGUUUACUAGGUCCAAGUAUAUGUUUACUAGGUCCCAGUCCAUGUUUACUAGGUCCAAGUCCAUGUUUACUAGGUCCCAGUCCAUGUUUACUAGGUCCAAGUCCAUGUUUACUAGGUCCCAGUCCAUGUUUACUAGGUCCAAGUUCAUGUUUACUAGGUCCCAGUCCAUGUUUACUAGGUCCCAGUCCAUGUUUACUAGGUCCAAGUAUAUGUUUACUAGGUCCCAGUCCAUGUUUACUAGGUCCAAGUCCAUGUUUACUAGGUCCAAGUCCAUGUUUACUAGGUCCCAGUUCAUGUUUACUAGGUCCAAGUCCAUGUUUACUAGGUCCCAGUCCAUGUUUACUAUGUCCAAGUAUAUGUUUACUAGGUCCCAGUUCAUGUUUACUAGGUCCAAGUCCAUGUUUACUAGGUCCCAGUCCAUGUUUACUAGGUCCCAGACCAUGUUUACAAGGUCCCAGUUCAUGUUUACUAGGUCCCAGUUCAUGUUUACUAGGUCCCAGUUCAUGUUUACUAGGUCCCAGCCCAUGUUUACUAGGUCCCAGUUCAUGUUUACUAGGUCCCAGUUCAUGUUUACUAGGUCCCAGUUCAUGUUUACUAGGUCCCAGUCCAUGUUUACUAGGUCCCAGUCCAUGUUUACUAGGUCCCAGUCCAUGUUUACUAGGUCCCAGUCCAUGUUUACUAGGUCCCGGGACAUGCUUACUAGGUCCCAGUACAUGUUUACAAGGUCCCACUUCAUGUUUACUAGGUCCCGGGACAUGCUUAGUAUGUCCCAGUUCAUGUUUACAUGACUUGGUAUACUUGAAUAAGUAGACAUAUAUGAAUAUUUGAUUGCCCAAUAUGAAAUGCCACGAAAAAGUGGUCAGCAAGACUGAUACGUUUUUCCUGACUUUACCAAGUUUAGUUUAUUUUGUCCGUCCAAUCAACACGGUUUUAAUUUUAUAUUGUGUCUACUGGCACAGAACGUUCAUUCUUAACAUGUUUCUGAGAUCAUGCAAAAAAUAAUGUGUUCUGUAGGAAUCUGAAUUUAAAUGAGCAGACUAUUAAAAUAUUUGGAAUGACAAAAGAGCCUGAAUUACAUCACGCUAUACCACCAUUACCGAUGUACACGAUGUUUAGAAAAUAUUUAAAUUGAUACUUGUUAAAACCGAUUUGGGGAAUAAUGGAAGUAUUGGUCUUGUUAAAACAAGUUCCUUGUAAAUCAUGGCGAAUGUGUAGAAUGGAGAUAUUAAGUUAUUUAUAUUAUGUUUAAAGUUUAUAGAUAUUGUUAACUUCAGUGUAUUUUUCACUCCCUGCAAAAUCAUUGAAUUGGGUUAUGUAACAGACGUAUAUAAUGAUAGUGUUGGCCUGAAGGCCAUAUUAAUGUAUUGUAUUCUGUCACUCGAACCCAAUUUACCUCCAUAUUGUUUAAAAUAUCACAAGUUAUAGUUUGUAUUUUGUAUUUUUUAUUCAAAUGAGAAUUAAACGGUAUUUACUUUAAUAAUCACUAUACAUUGUAUGGAAUAUAUUAUAAUACGAAAUAUACCGCAGUUCAAACAAAACUUUCAAAAAUACAUAUUUGAAAUUGAUUAUGAAUUUUUAGGUUCACUUUAUCUUCACGGAGAUGAAGUGAAUUAUCUCCGAUUUUUUUUUUAUUGAAACAAGGAUGCGUUGUAUACUGUAUAAUUAAUAUAAAAUUCAUUGUUAAAACUCUUGGUGGAUAUUGUAUUAUAUGUGUGUCAAUAAAAUUAGCAGAUUUCUUUAUA